CCGCCUCCCACCCGGCACAAAGUUUAGCAGCAGGAACUCGGGCGGGAACAGUGCGGAGCCGGCGGCACCGGAGCGCAGCCGCGCUGAGCCCAGGCCGCCCCGGUGCCCGGCGGGGGCCGGCGGCGACCGUGCCAUGCGGGGCUCCCCCCCCCCCACCGGCGGCGGCGGGGCGGGAGGGCAGCGGCGCCCCAUGCGGCGGGGGCGGCCGGGCGGCGGCUGACACCAUGUGCGCCCGGUGCCCGGGGCGAGGAGCGGGGAGCAGCCAUGUCCCCCCCCGCCGCCCAGCCGGGGGUGCCGGGCGGGCGCGGCUCUAAGGUGCCCCCGGCGCGGAAGCUCCUCUGCAUGUGCAGCCUCUCCCUCUGCCUCACCUACCUGUGCUACAGCCUCAUGGGGGGCACCGGACCGGGCGCUCUGCGCUCCCCGGCCGCGCUCCCCGGCACGGCGGCCCCGCGCUCCCCGGCCACGCUCCCUGGCACGGCGCUUCCCGGGCCCCCGCGCUCCCCCGCCGGCUUCUUGGGAGGCUCCGUUGCUCCGGACCCCUCGGCGGCCCCGGCGCGGGCCGGCAACAGCAGCCGGGAAGGGGCGGCGGGGGCCUGGCCGCGGACGCCGCUGGCCCCCGGGGAGGUGAUCACGGCGCAGAGUGGAGCCUUCGAGAGGGACCCGCAGGAGUCGAGCACCACGGACGAGGAGCUGAGCCGGGCUGGCAGCCCGGGGAGCCGCGGCGGCGGCGGCAGCAGCAGCACCACGCCGGACUACGGGGAGAAGCGGCUGCCGCAAGCCCUCAUCAUCGGGGUGAAGAAGGGGGGGACGCGGGCGCUGCUGGAGGCCAUCCGGGCGCACCCCGACGUGCGCGCUGUGGGUACCGAGCCCCACUUCUUCGACAGGAACUACGAGAAGGGGCUGGAGUGGUACAGGAACGUGAUGCCCAAGACGCUGGACGGACAGAUCACCAUGGAGAAGACCCCCAGCUACUUCGUGACCAACGAGGCCCCCAGGCGCAUUCACUCCAUGGCCAAGGACACGAAGCUGAUCGUGGUGGUGCGGAACCCGGUCACUCGCGCCAUCUCGGACUACACGCAGACGCUCUCCAAGAAGCCAGAGAUCCCCACCUUUGAGGUGCUGGCCUUCAAGAACCGGACCCUGGGGCUGAUCGACGCCUCCUGGAGCGCGAUCCGCAUCGGGAUCUAUGCCCUGCACUUGGAGAACUGGCUCCAGUACUUCCCCCUCUCCCAGAUCCUUUUUGUCAGUGGCGAGAGGCUCAUCACUGACCCGGCUGGGGAAAUGGCCAAGGUCCAGGACUUCUUAGGCCUCAAGAGGAUUGUGACAGAGAAACAUUUUUAUUUUAAUAAAACCAAGGGGUUCCCCUGUCUAAAGAAGCCAGAGGACAGCAGUGCUCCCCGGUGCUUGGGCAAGUCCAAGGGUCGAACUCACCCCAAAAUAGACCCAGACGUCAUCCACAGACUACGGAAGUUUUACAAACCCUUCAAUGUCAUGUUUUACCAAAUGACAGGCCAGGAUUUCCAGUGGGAGCAGGAAGAGAGUGAUAAGUAGAACCACAAAAUCAGGAAAAAAAUGCUCUUUUCUUUUGAGAUGUGAAUCAUCAUUAGAGACCCAAAACUCACCCGGGGCUGGAGGCUCAGCCUUGUGAGUGCAAGACUCUUGCGCUGUCGGGGUUGCGGCCAAAGCCACCCCAUGUUUCCAGCUCUGAAAUCUUAGUGGCACUUCACCUCGGGUUGCACUUGGGCUCUCCCCACUGUGACAAUGAGAGGCCAGGGGCAGGUGGGAGGAAGAGGAGGCAGAGGGCACGGGACUCCUUGGGGUGCUGGGAUGCUUCGUGUCCACCUUUUGCUGCUGGUACCCCAUCGCAGCCAGGUGAGGCAGGACCAGCUCCUGCAGGGCUGCCUGAGCACAGGGUGGCUCAAAACCCAACAGCACGGUGACAGACUCAUAGAUUUGAUUUCUCCUGUCCUGGCUUUUAGUUUUGCCCAAACGGCAGCAUCAGAUCUGGUGAAGUCCGGGCACAUGCAUUCACAUGCACACUGGUGUUCGUGUGUGGAAGGGAUAAAGCCAGUUAUGCUGCAGAGGAACUAUGUACAGAAGCUUCAUUUGCACCAGAUGUUCCAAUUACCUGUUGCACUAAAACUAGUGUUUACCAAGUGCCACAAAACGCCUGGGCCUGAUUCUCCUCCAACUGAUGGAUGCGUCUCCACUGCUGGAAGAGAGCCCCUUCCUCUUUGCUGGGAUGCUCAGUGAGAUCAGACCUGGGGCUUCUCCCAGACCUCCCCCUCCUCUGUGUUGUGCCCUGGUCCGAGGUCUGGAGCCAAGCUUUCCUAGUGGGAAUGGCGGGGUGCCUGCAGGCAGAGCCGUGGGGACAGCCGCAGCGCAGGGUCUGGGCAGGGGUGGCUGUGGGGCCUCUGGCACUGGCCUUCGUUUGCACCUUGAAAACGAGACAGCGAUGCUUGCGCAGUGGGGAAGCAGCGCUCAGCUUUAGUUCAGUUACAGAGAAGCAAUGGAUUCCCAGGGAGAGCACUGCUCUGCACAAAAAAUGUGUGUUUUCUAGUGGAAAUGGCCAAGUCAACCAAAUUUGCAAUCCUGGUAGAAGCUAUAGAAUAAAUCCUGAUCCCAACUGGAUCCUCCAGCCAAGUGGUGAGAGUUGCACGCUGGAACCAGUGGAGAGCAGCCAGAAGCACUCUGGCACAGCAGCACUGUUUCCAUCCCCAUCACUGAGGGAAAACAGAGAGAGGGGGAACAACAGGGAAAAUGCGGAGCUGCUGUUGCUGAAUGUUCCCCUCGUAGGGGUGAUUUCUAAGGGCGCUCCAAUACUGCUGGCUGCUUGCUUUGUUAUGAGGAGUGGUGAGGAUGCCUCCUGGGCUGUGUGCGAGUCCCGUUCCCUCGCGGGUGGCCGGUCCCUGGCUGUUGGGAAGCAGCGGAGAUGCUGUGCGAGAUCACUGCGGGAGGACAAAGAUUCAGUUUUGAUUAAGGUGGCAAGAAAUCCCUCCUGAGCCAGCAAACCAAAUGAAAUCACUGUUUUCUGGGUAACAAGCUGAACCUGUUUUGGGUUUCGUGGCCUGUCGUGUGGUUCAUUAUGCCAUGAAGUGGUGCUGGUGCCUUGGAUUGGAUGAAAGACAGAACUGAAGCCAUUUGGACAAUUUAGCCCGUGGGCCAUGCUGGAGGGGCACCGCGAGGUCCUUGCUCACGUCACGUCAGUUCCCAUUAGCAUGAUUAGAUUUAAAAACAGCUCCUGACACAACACAGUUUUUCACAGACCCACAAAUCGCCAAAUUAUUACCUGAAAAUUGGAAGUCUGUAAUAGGAAUAAUUUUACAGUGUUUCACAUGUUAUUAAAAUGUCAGAUCAGCUCCGAAGUGAAAACUGUUGUUACACAGUUUGGUGCAAGCUGCUCAAUGGAUUCAGUGGUGGACGAGGGAGGGGAUCGCCACGGACCAGUGUCCAGGCUCCUCACCAGGGGGAUAUCCAGAGAUCUUUGCCUGUUCCCAGCACGCUGCAGCCCCGACACCCCGGCAAAGCAGAACCUGCCAGAGCAGGGGGGGUGGCACUGGGGGUCUCUGCCCCAGCUCAUGGCGUGGCCGGGACCUGGCAGGGUGGUGGCUGCACAUGACCACAGCAUGGCACUGUGCAUCGCCUCAUGGCCAAAGCUGGGACUGCCUCAGCCCCCAUCCCCAGCUUACCCGGGAGCAGUUUUCCUCUGAUCAAGGUCUCCUGGAGCUUGAAGAGCCCCCGAGAAGCCUCAUCCCCACACAGCAGGUCUCUCUGCACGCCCCAGCCUUGGUCUGGUCUGGUCCAAGCGCUGCCCUAUGUCUCCGUGGGCAGCUCAGGCUGGCUUCUCCCGAGAAGAACAUCUGGUCCCCGGCUGCCAUCAAGCCACUCUCACUCUUCUCAUCGUGCCCCUCGCUGGAGGGACAGGAGAUCCGAAACCAUGCUUUUGUCUGAGAACUUCGACCCGAUGAAGCACCCCGUUAGGGAAGUCACGGUGUGCGGCUGGACCCGGAGCAUCUGUCCUGUGCUGAGAUGAAGCACAGUCACAUCUGGGGCUCAGUCCUGAAGGUGGAACAAGGCCCUGGAGCAGGGAUCUGGAGCAGGGUGCACCCCAGCCCCCAAGAGGGCUCACCCCAUGGUUUACAGUGGUGCAGGUUUGCAGGAGGUGCUGGGCCUGCCCCUGCCUGACUCGCUCCCAUUCUUUCUGCCAUAUGUUCAGAGGUUUAUUUUUUAUAUUGGCUGCAACCUCCAUCCCAGGAGGAGCCGCCGAGCGCCCGCGGGCACCAACCGCCCCAUCCUGGUGGGACACGGUGCCACCGGCCCCUUCUGCUUCCUUGGCACGCACCCCACGUCUGCCGCGCUGACGCUGGGGAUUGACAGGGGAAUUAUUUUCUAUCUGGCCGAGAGUGGCCUGCAAAUGAGAGAGUCAGGUUAAUAACACGUUUUUUUUAAACUAUUCAAAUGUCAGCAUUAGAAUACACAGGAAAUUGAAUUUUGUAUUUGAUUUCAAUUAGCAGAGCAUAAAUUAUAUUUAAUUUUAUACACAGACCGGGUGAUUCAUUGUUCUGGAAAAGCUGGUACUUUAUGGUUCAGAGACUGGAAAUGGAGAGUUAAGUCUUUCUGAAACCAAACUGCUGUGCUGUCACCUCCUCCCAAACGCGUCUCUGUCUGUCAGUGUCACUGUACCUGAACAAUAUGAAAACCCCGAACUGAACACUUGAACCCACAGCACUAAACAAUAAAAUGUUGUAGCAGCUGCA